GAAAGCCGGGCUAUGGCGGCGGUCGUAGUUUCGCGGUGCUGUUCGUUUGCGCUGCUGGAGCCGGUGCACGGUGUCAGUAUGGGGGAGACUGCGCCCCCGGUCGUUUAUAAACGUUUCAUCUGCUCUUUCGCCGAUUGUAAUGCCGCGUACAAUAAGAACUGGAAGCUGCUGGCCCAUCUGUGCAAACACACGGGGGAGAAACCUUUUCCUUGCACGUAUGAAGGCUGCGAUAAAGGCUUCACGUCCUUGUUCCACCUGAACCGCCAUAUUCUGACUCACACCGGAGAAAAACCUUUCAAGUGUGAUGCAGAAAACUGCAGCUUGUCCUUUACCACGCCAUCAAACAUGAGGAAACACUUUAAAAGGGCUCACGCUUCUCCAGCUCAGGUCUAUGUGUGUUAUGUUGCAGACUGUGGCAAAGAGUUCAAGAAACAUAACCAGCUCAAGAUCCAUCAGUAUAUACACACAAACCAGCAACCUUUCAAAUGCACUCAUGAGGGAUGUGAUAAAAGAUAUUCUUCACCUUCACAUCUCAAACGCCAUGAGAAAACUCAUGCAGGGUAUCGAUGCCAGAAGGACAGUGCUUGUCCAUUUGUAGGAAAGACCUGGUCGGAGUACCUAAAACACGCUGCAAACGUUCACUCAGACGUUACUUGUAGUGUCUGCAAUCGAACAUUCAAGAACAAAGGAAACCUGAAGGAUCACAAGCAAGUCCACAAAGGAGAGAGAAUUGUCUUUUGUUGUCCACGAGAAAACUGCGACAGAUCAUAUACUACAAAAUUCAACCUCAGAAACCAUAUCCUAGCAUUUCACGAAGGUGUGCGACAAUUUGUUUGUGAACAUGAAGGCUGUGGAAAAACCUUUGUGAUGAGGCAAAGCUUGGACAGGCAUGUCAAUACCCACAACCCAGAGAAGAAAAAGAUGGUAAAGGUGAAACCGCCACGACCUGUAAGAAGCCUUGCUUCUCGCCUUUCUGGAUACAAGCCCAAGAGUUCAUCCAAGAAGAAGAAGAAAUCCUCUUCCAAAACUCCUGCCCUAGAGUCUAUAAAGAAACCACCUGAUGUCAGCCGACUAGACUCUCUAUUAGUAUUGGAAAAUCUGAGCCUUUAAAUAACUGCAGUGUCUUGUACACUAACAGAGUAUGUAUUAUGUUAAUAUUUCUGUUACACACAUGUAAAUCUUGUUUAUUCUUCCUGGAAAAGGAAAUUUUUUUGCUUUUGUUCUAUGCAGUUGCUUUAGUCAUGUACUUUUGACAGAAUGCUUGUAGAGAUUUAAAGGACCAGUUGAACUUUAUGUAAGAUCAUGUAUUAAAGAGAAGCAAAUGUAAAGUGCUGUAACCUUCUUAGACU